AUGGCGGCUUCAUAUAACGGAUCCAACAUAACGACGAACCACACCAACCAGUUUGUCCAGCCGCCAUGGCGCAUCGCUCUCUGGUCUGUUGCCUACAGCUUCGUGCUGGCGGUGGCGGUGUUUGGAAACCUAAUUGUGAUAUGGAUCAUUCUUGCGCACAAGCGCAUGAGGACAGUGACAAACUACUUUCUGCUAAACCUGGCGUUUUCGGAUGCGUCAAUGGCUGCUUUCAAUACUUCAAUAAACUUUAUCUACGCCGCUCACGGGGAGUGGUACUUCGGGAAAGCCUACUGCAAAUUCCACAAUUUCUUUCCAGUCACAUCUGUGUUUGCAAGCAUCUACUCAAUGACGGCAAUAGCUGUGGACAGGUACAUGGCCAUCAUCCAUCCUCUUAAGCCUCGAUUGUCAGCGAAGGUCACCACAGGGGUUAUUGUUUGUAUCUGGAGUCUAGCUAUAGUUUUGGCUUUCCCCCUCUGCUACUUCUCAACCACCCAAACCAAGCGAACCAUCCCCCAAAGGACCAUCUGCUAUGUGGCCUGGCCCAACAUGAAGGAUGACUCCUUCAUGUAUCAUAUCAUAGUAACAGUCCUGGUCUACGUGCUGCCCUUAGUGGUGAUGGGCAUUACUUACACCAUAGUGGGGCUGACACUGUGGGGUGGUGAGAUCCCUGGAGAUUCGUCUGAUAACUAUCAUGGACAGCUCCGGGCUAAAAGGAAGGUGGUUAAGAUGAUGAUUGUUGUAGUGGUGACGUUUGCCCUCUGUUGGCUGCCAUACCAUGUUUACUUCAUUGCAACAGGUCUCAACAAGCUUCUAAGCAAAUGGAAGUACAUCCAGCAGGUUUACCUGUCGAUCAUGUGGCUUGCAAUGAGUUCCACCAUGUACAACCCUAUCAUCUACUGCUGCCUCAACAGCAGGUUUCGAGCAGGCUUCAAGCAAGCAUUUCGUUGGUGCCCUUUCAUUAAGGUGUCCAGCUACGACGAGCUGGAGCUACGCUCUACACGGCUAACCCAAACACGCCAGAGCAGUAUGUACACACUGACACGGAUGGAUAACACCAUGGUGGUAGUUUAUGACCCUGCUGAAGGUGAUGGCAGCGCUAUAGGUGGCACCGGAAGGAAGCAUUCCCUGCCUGGUAGGAAGAGAAGCUACGUCACUUCUCGGCACACAGAGAUUGCUGCUUGCAGCGACACCGCUGUGAAAACGCAGAAUGGAAGCGCUCCCAGCGCUCAGCCUGAAGAAUUCCCUUGA